AUGAAUAUUGAACAGAACAUUGGAGAAAAUGAUAAUGUGAAUGCUUCAGGGGUAAAUAAUGUAAUAAACAUAGUAAAUUCAAAGCAUGUCCAUAUUGGAGGUCUAGUUAAUAUUAAUGUCAAUGAAGGUGAUGAAAAAUAUAAAAAAAGAAAAAAUAAAAAGUAUCGAAAAAGUAAUAUAGCAACCUCAAUACAGGAAGAUGAGACUGUAAAAGCUCUCAUGUCGUCUGAUGAAAAGUGCACGAGGGUGCACAUGGAAAUCAUAAAAAAACAUAUAGGAAAGAACUGGAGGAAUGUCUUUAGAAAACUUGAUUAUUCAAAUGGAGAAAUAGAACAGCUUUAUAUAGAUUAUAUUAAUGAAGGCAUUUCAGAGGUAAUCCAUCAGGGCCUAGUAGAUUGGACCCAAAACAAUCCAGAUGAGGCUACUUUAGGUAAAAUCUGUACUGUUCUCUGGGAAGAAAAUUGUUGUGAUGUGAUUGAAAGGCUUAUAAAUUAAAAUUUUUAUCAAAAUGUGUAAGUAAUAUUUUAGUGUUUAUUAAAAAUUUGAUC